AAAAUGAUAAUUUUGGCCUUGUGAAUGUAAGCUAACGACUAUUAGCUUCCGCGGAGCGUCAACGAGCCGAAGUCACGUGACACCAAUAGCAGAGUUACAGUGAGGUGAACUCUUGACCUUUACCUUAUUUUGCUUUGUCUAGGUUUAUCCCAUGCUGAAAUAAAAUGCUGAUCCAUGUAAAGUUUGGUGACCUGCAAAAGUAUGUGAAGUUGGAGGAGGUCGAAGGGCUGUUUGACUUUAAUCAGUUUCAUGAGAAAGUCAUUGAACAAUUUUGCCUGCCACCUGAUACCAAAGUUACAUACAAAGAUACAACAGAUACUGAAGUUGACGAAGAAAUAUUCAGUGACCUCCUUAGACAAGGCAAUGUGGUACAGACAGUUUUCUGCUAUGAUGAGUUCUCAGAAUGGUCAUCUGCUUCUGACUCAAGCUUCAACUCAAAUGCAUCAACAUCAACAAUACUAAUGGAUGAGAUGCCACGCAAGAAGCAAAAAACUGAGAAUCCUGAUAACUCAGUGUCUGCUAAAAAUCUGGUUGAAGGUGUCCUACAAAGCAAGUCUGGUGGUGAAGAAAUUCUGCAGGAGUAUGAAACUACAGAAACCCUAACUGAUGCCACAAGAAGACAAAUGGUGAACAUACUGGUGGCUCACAUGAUUGAUGAACAAGGGCACCUCCCCACAAAAGCAAUCAGAGACAAGUAUGGCUUUGGAAUAGUGACACUCUUCGCAUCCCUCAAGGAUCCAUACACCAAAAAAGGCAAUGAGGCCAUAUCUCUGCUUAACCACACCACAGACAGGUCUGUGAUCUUUCAGAAGAUGAGAGAGACUUUUGAGCACCAUCACAAGCUCAUUAAAGAUGCCAGUGGAAGAAAUGAUAUCCUGACCACAUUCCCGGGGUUCCUGGACACAAAAGGAUUGAUUGAUCAAGACUCCCGUCUCCUAUUCAGUGAAGAAACCUCAUCCAGACUGCUGCAGAAGUGGGAUGUGUUCUUCAAACCAAAUGUCAUCAAGGAGGCUAAGCGUUUCACUUCUCCACCUGAGUUGAGAAGUUUGGUGCAGUCAGCGGAAAGUCUUCAAAGCGAUGACCUCACUAACACAUCUAGCUAUGACCAAGAAAUGGCCUCGCUGUUACUUCUCUUACAUCUUCUUCCACCGCAACCAGAAGGACAGAAGUCUCCAAAAAUCAGUGCAAGUGAUGCAGAG